AUGAAUUAUUUCCAUCUGAUUUUCAGUUUUAUUUCCUCCAACUUUGGUCUCAUCAUAGCAAUCAUCUCUUGGCCACAAUGGCCACCGUCUAAUGAACGUUUGGACCAAAAUAUUCUCAUUCAUUGUUCUUCUCAAGAUUUAUUUGUUCACGAACAAAAUUCUCUGUCUAAGUGGUUGGAUUUAUUCACUAUUGAACAACGAGAACUUGUUCCAUUUGAAAGAGCAAAGAAUUGCUCUGUAUGUUCAAAACAAUUUCACGAUUGGGUAUUCGAUUAUCAACAAUGGCAUAAGAACAUCACGACUGUUCUUCUUUUCAAUCAAAAAAGCAAAACAAACGAUGAACAACGAAAUGAGGUUCUUAAACAUGAUAUUCGAUUCUUAAUUUAUGAAAAACAGUUGACUGGUAUUGCUGAUCGAUUUAUUCAUUUGAUUUCAACAUAUUUUGUUGCUUUAUUAACGAAACGUUUAUUUAUUUUCGAUGAAGACUGGCCAGAUUUUCAUGAGAUAUUUCAGUUAAGUUUAAAUUCUGAUCAUCAGGCAUUCGCAUUUUUAUUUGAGAAAUUCAAUUUUUCAAAAAAAGUGCAAUCGUUUUCAUUUGAUCGAUAUCUCAAAGAUUAUGACUAUGAUCAACAAUUUCCCGAACGCGUUCUCAUUUUCAAAGGACACACAGGUGGUGUUAUUCAAACAAUCGACUCAAAAACUAGUGUUUACCGGAAAUUUCUAACCGAAGAUCUAAAAAUGAAUACGAACAAUAUCUUUGGUUGUCUUUAUCAUUCGUUUUUCGCUUAUAAACUAUCGGAAAUCGUGCAAAGAGUUGCUUUAUCGAGUACAAAAUUGAAUUCAUUUGAUCAUUCAUCACACGAAAUUCUUCAAAUUCUUUUAUCGCCCAAUUUUUUCACCAUUGGUGUUCAAAUUCGUGCAGGAGACGCAACAAUGCAGCGAAAGUUGACAGAUCAACUCUUGAAUGACACUCAAGAAAAGCGUCUUCUCGGACGAGUUGAAAAUUAUCUCAAUUGUACUUUGGAUUUAAUUCAUCAAAAUCAACAGUCGAACGUCAUUCCAGUUGUUUUUCUCAUGUCCGAUAGCUAUGAAAUUCGUCGAUCUGCUUUGAAACGUUGGUCAUUGUCACUUCAAAGUCAAUCACGAUUGAAAAACGAUCGUUUAUAUAUUUUAUCCGAUUCCAAACCUGUUUUACAUAUUCAAUAUACAAACAAUCGUUUACUUGCUCUACAAUUGGGAGUUUUUCACAUGUUCCUGUUUAGUUUAUGUGAACAACAUUUGAUUAGCACAGAUAGUGGUUUUGGUCGCAUUCCUGCAUUUGCAUCAUUGAGACAAAGAAAUCUUUAUUCACUUUCAUUGAAUGAGCGUGCAUCGUGUUGA